AGGAGCGGCGGCGCUGCAGCGCGCACAGCGAGCGUGCGCACGCCCCUCAGUGCUGCGCGCCCCCCAGUACUGCGCGCCCCCCAGUACUGCGCGUCCCCGCGCCUGUGUGUGUCUGAACUGGUGGAGCAGAGGACCAGUGACAGAGGCAAGGGCUGGAGGCUCGCUGAACGGGACUCUUCGUAAACAACGCGGUUUCACUGUUCCAUCGGAGACCGAAGAACGCGCUUCGUGCUGGGCAUCCUAAAGGAAAAACACGAGAUUGAAGAGAAUCACAACAGAGAAGUGACUGCUGGGACAGGGGUAGUUCGGGUGUGAAUGUGCAUGUGACUGAGGAGAGGCGGGUCUUGGCUGUUUUUGGGGGCGGGACCGUUGUGACACACACUGAUGAUGGAGAGGAGGAUGGUCACCGUUCUGCUCCUGCUCAUCCUGGGACAGCUCACCACUGCACUGGAAGUACCACUUGACCUGUCGCAGCCACCGACCAUAACUCACCAGUCCCCCAAGGAUUACAUCAUCGACCCGCGAGAGAACAUUAUAAUCCACUGUGAGGCCAAAGGAAAACCGCAUCCCAGCUUCUCCUGGACGAGAGACGGGACCCACUUUGACAUUGACAAGUUCCCAAACGUGAACAUGAGGCCACGCUCUGGGACACUGGUGGUGGACAUCAGUCAAGAGAAGGCAGAACAUUACGAGGGCACCUACCAAUGUACAGCACGCAACGACCAUGGGACCGCUGUAUCUCACAACAUAGUAGUACGACAAUCGAGAUCACCCUUGUGGUCAAAGGAGAAAAUCAAGCCAAUCGUGGUUCAAGAAGGUGUGCCUUUGGUGUUACCAUGUCGACCCCCAGCUGGUUUACCUCCACCCAUUAUUUUCUGGAUGGACAACAACUUCCAGCGGCUGCCCCAGAGCCAGAGGGUUUCUCAGUCUCUGAACGGAGACCUGUACUUCUCCAACGUGCUACGUGCCGACUCCAGGAACGACUACAUCUGCUAUGCCCGCUUCCCCCACACCCAGACCAUCCAGCAGAAACAGCCCAUCACUGUCAAAGUCCUCAACCUGGAUGCAAUCAAUGACACAGUGGCCGCUUUUUACAAUGACACUGAUUUAUUUAGUGAGGAGCCAGCGGAUGAGCGACGGCCAACCUUCCUCACCCCAUCUGGGCAGUCCAGUUCUAAGAUGGUGCUGAGGGGCCAGGUGCUGGAGAUGGAGUGCAUUGCUGAAGGCCUGCCAACCCCUGAAAUCUCGUGGACCAAAGUGAGUGGAGAGUUGCCAGCAGAGCGCACGUCUUUCCUGCACUAUCAGAAAACGCUGCGUAUCGUCAAUGUGUCUGAAGCAGAUGCUGGGGAGUACCGCUGUAUGGCCAAGAACCAGCUCGGCUCAGUGCACCAUACCAUCCAUGUAACAGUCAAAGCUGCUCCAUACUGGAUCAGUGGAGCUCCCAAGAACCUCAUCCUGGCCCCGGGGGAGAACGGGGCUCUGACCUGCCGGGCCAGUGGCACGCCCAAACCCUCCAUCAGCUGGGCUAUGAACGGCAUCCCCAUAGAGAAUUCACCGAAUGACUUGAGCAGAAAGGUGGACGAUGACACUAUAAUUUUCACCAAUGUCCAGACUGGCUCAAAGGCUGUGUAUCAGUGCAAUGUUUCAAAUGAAUAUGGCUACCUCCUGUCCAACGCCUUCGUCAAUGUGCUCUCGGAGCCGCCCAGAGUGCUGACGCCAGCCCACAAAGUCUACCAAGUCAUCAAAAACCAUCAGGCCCUGUUAGAAUGCAGUUCCUUUGGAUCGCCCAUCCCUGAAAUUACAUGGUUUAAAGACACUCGGGCCAGCACCCUCAAUUCAGACCCUUAUAAUGUACACGAUAAUGGCACUUUGGAGAUACAUGGAGUUCAAACAAGACAUAGCGGCAAAUACACCUGUGUGGCUACUAACAUGCUUGGGAUCUCAGAGAAUCACGUCUACCUGGAGGUUAAAGAACCCACACGAAUCCUCAAACAGCCUGAAUACAGAGUGGUGCAGAGGGGCAGAGUGGCUGUGUUUGAGUGUAAAGUGAAACAUGACCCAACCCUUAUCCCAACUAUGACGUGGCUCAAAGACGAUGACGAGCUGCCUGAUGACGACAGAUUUGUUGUGGAUUCAGACAGCUUGACCAUCAAUGAUGUAAACUACGAAGACGCUGGAGUCUACACCUGCAUCAUGAACACCAGUCUGGACCAUGACUUGGCCAGGACAGAGCUCACGGUUGUCGAGCACCCUGACCCUCCAACUGACCUCGAGCUAACUGAGCCAAAAAAAAGGAGUGUCCAUCUCACAUGGACACCUGGGGAUGAACACAACAGUCCUAUUGAGAAGUUCAUUAUCCAGUAUGAGGACUCCCUGCACCACAAAGGCUCCUGGCACAAUCUGACCGAGGUCUCUGGGAUGAAGACCACAGCUCACCUGAAACUCUCUCCGCAUGCGCACUAUGCCUUCAGAGUCCUGGCCCUGAAUGGAGUGGGACUGAGCCGGCCCAGCCUCCCUUCACGCAUGUACAAGACCGAGCCUGCAGCUCCAGAUGAAAAUCCAACUGACAUACAAGGACAAGGCACUGAACAUGACAAUCUGGUGAUAUCAUGGAAGCCACUCACACCCACCCAGGCGAACGGUCCCGGGCUGCACUACAAGGUCAUGUGGAGGCAGAAGGGAGUGGACAGUGACUGGAUGGCAGUAACUGUGCGGAACACCUCCAAGUUUGUGGUCUCUGGGACGCCUACAUUUGUUCCGUACGAGCUGAAAGUCCAGGCCCUGAAUGACCACGGCGCAGGACCCGAGCCCGCCAUCGCCCACGGAUACUCAGGAGAAGACUUGCCAUUAGCUGCUCCAGACAAUGUUCACGUCCAGGUGGUCAGCAGCAGUCAGGCUGCAGUGCACUGGGACGUGGUGCCUUCAAGACUACUGCGUGGACAUCUCAAGGGCUACAGGGUGUACUACUGGAGAGAGCAGAGUCUCCACAAACACAGCCACCACCACACAGAGAAGCAGGUCCUGACGUUCAGUGGGAACCACACUCACGGUAAACUGCCCGGUCUGCACCCCUUCAGCCUGUAUGCCCUCCACAUCCGCGCAUUCAAUGGGAAAGGAGAGGGUCCACCCAGCGUCGUCAAGCAGUUUGAGACCCCUGAAGGAGUUCCUGAUGCACCUUCUUCUCUUGUCGUCACCGAUUCUAACGUAGACUCUCUGACCCUUGAGUGGAGUCCUCCUCACGGCCGCAAUGGGCACAUCACAGGCUACACUCUCAAGUAUCAACCUGUCAAUAACACCCAGCUGGGCCCGCUGGAGGAGCUGGCCUUACCUGCCAAUGAGACCUCCGUCACUUUGCUCAACCUCAAGUACAGCACGCGCUACAAGUUUUAUUUGAAUGCAAAAACAAUGGUGGGAGCAGGCCCUGCCAUCUCUCAGGAAGCAGUCACCAUCAUGGAUGAAGGGAACACCCAAACCUCUCAUCCCAAUGCACAACCGUAUCCACGCCAACCAACCCACCAGGCGCCCCCUGUGAGCGAGGAUUUUGGGAAUGUUAGCUCGACGGUUGUGGAUGAUGGGGUCCUGAUCAGUUGGGAGUACUCGGGCCCGGAGAAAGACCUAUAUGUAGAAUACAAAAUGAAAGACACCCAAGGUGAGGAGUGGCGCAGAGAGCUGGUGAAUGGCUCUCAGAACUUUGUGGUGAGGGGCUUAAAAGCUGGGGUCUCCUACUGGGUGCGUUUGGUGGCCAGCAGCGUGCCAGACCUGCCCCCUCAGCACUCCCAGGAGCUCUUGGUCUCCGUGCCAGCGGUGGUGAGUCGACAGGUGGAUAUUGCCACUCAGGGCUGGUUCAUCGGUCUCAUGUGUGCCAUCGCCCUCCUCAUUCUGAUCCUGCUCAUUAUCUGCUUCAUCCAGAGGAAUAAAGGAGGCAAAUACCCGGUGAAAGAAAAGGAGGAUGCACACACAGACCCAGAGUUCCAGCCCAUGAAAGAAGAGGACUGUACUUUUGGUGAAUACAGUGACAAUGAGGACCAUAAACCGCUAAAGGGGAGCCGCUCACCUUCUAACGGGACAGUUAAGAGAGAAGACAGUGAUGACAGUUUAGUAGACUACGGGGAAGGAGGAGACGGGCAGUUCAACGAGGACGGCUCCUUUAUCGGACAGUAUAGUGGAAAGAGCGGCAGCAGGGACAAUCCUGAGGGCCCCGAGAGUUCAGAGGCACCCUCCCCUGUUAAGGCCAUGAACUCAUUGAACUCUUUUGUGUAGUAGACUAUGCUCUACAAACAUGUUUCUAGUGGACUCUGCACUGACUGAUCAGGCUCACUGUCCCACAGCUGUCUGUUUUUGCAUGCACGCCAUCAGUGCCACACUUAAGUUUUUGCAUAAUUUAGGUAAAAUGAUUUGGAAAAAAAAAGUAGGUCUAAUGAUGCAUGGAUUAUUUGAUGCCACCUGAAUUCAAUAUCAAAUAAUGAAUCUAAACUUUCACCUACUUUCACAAUCUAUGGACUAUGCAGUGCUUGUCUGAACUAUAUUUGUUUUGAUUACAGAAAAAAAAUCAUUAUACUAUGUUUGAGUAGUAAUCAGAGUGUAACAUGUAUAUCCCCAUGUAUUUCACACUUGUACAGGCCUGUAUAUUUAAUAAUGUUUGUUAGUAUAAGUACAUGACGACGCUGAUCAUGUACAGUGUAAAUAUAUUUAAAUGCAUAUAUAUAAAUAUAUGAACUGCGUGACCAAGCGGAGCAGAACUCACCGCACCCCACAAGGGAUCACUUCUUCACACCUCCAUCUUUCUUCACUGUGCUAGAUUUGAGCGCGAUUCUCAUUGUUUUGACCUUGCUUUUGACCCGUCAGGCUCGAAGGAAGGCGGGUUCGGUAACACUGAGGUGGGACUGCAGGUCUCGAUUCGCCCUCUGCAGGUAGUGCCUUUUUCUGGACAUUCAAUGGGGAACAGUGGUUGGGACUGUGUAUUGAGCUCAUGUGACAAUAUACUCACAUCCCCAAAGUUUAAAAUUGAGCUGGAGAACAGGUCUGAAUUCUAUGGUGGAAUUUGCUGAUAGGUUUAUAGUUUUUUUUUCUUCUUAUGUUUAUUGUCUAUGUAAUAAUUGGGCCUAUCCUCAUGAAACAAAAAAUGACACAAAGUUCAACGUCUUCUGUGAAUUUACAUAAACAGAAGUGGAAUCAUUUUUCCACCAUGGUUUUGAAGGCGGCAAAGUUUUUUUAAACUCCGAAGACGUGAUUGAUAUGACUUUAAGCCAUAAUAUUAAUAUGUCAAAUUGGUGGAGCAGAUUCUGAAUAAAUAAUGAUAAGGUUCAACAUCUGUGGAUCUUUAAGUUUGGAUACUUCUUC